AUGAUGCGGCUAAUCCAUGUCCACACGUUCCACCUUCACGAAUUCGUGGGCAACCCAUCCACCUUUCCUAACUACGCUAUUCUCUCCCAUACAUGGGAAGAUGGUGAGGUGUCGUUCGAGGAUCUCCAGGACGUAUCUCUCGCAAGACAGAUGAAAGGAUUCAACAAAAUCAAGUACUGUUGCGAGCAAGCCGCCGAAGAUGGGUUCGAGUGGGCUUGGGUUGAUACGUGCUGUAUCGAUAAGACCUCCAGCGCCGAGCUUUCGGAAGCCAUCAACUCAAUGUACAACUGGUACGGAAAUGCAAUGGCCUGUUAUGCGUAUCUCAGUGACGUUGGUUCAGCGGGAGCAUUCAAUCACAAGACGGAACUACAGCAUAUAGGAGAGCUGCCUCGCUGGUUCAAAAGAGGUUGGACGCUUCAGGAGCUAAUUGCCCCUUUGAGUGUAAAGUUCUUCACGAAAGAUUGGCGUUUCAUCGGCACGAAGAAAGACAAAGCAUUGCGACUCUCUAUUAUCACGGGAAUCGACGCUGGGGUGCUAAGACACGAGCGCUCUGCAUUUCAGAUACCUGUUGCUGAGCAAAUCCUCAAAACUACGAAUGACGACUCACUGUUCCUGUGGCAAAUGCGAAGCCCACAUGAAUGGUCAACCUGGGACAAUACCGAAAACACUUUGGAUUCGAGCAGCAUGUUGGCCUCCAGCCCAAGCGAAUUCGAUAGGCAGGCGGACUGUUUUUCGCUUCAACCAGAAUGUUUCUUCUGCGAACCACAGCUCAUGCCUCGAGAAUUGGGUCUGCGCAUGACCCUGCCCAUGCGGAAGAUGGCUAUUUCCGACGUUGAUCGAUUUCAAUUCCCGUCCCUUGUUGGCCAUAUUUUCAAGCGUGUUUUUGUGGCGGCGCUUGGGUGCCUGGUGCAAAAUGGCGAAGGCAGCGACUCUCAAGUGGCAAUAUUGCUCCAAGCGGUAUCAGAAGUGGGCUCACCGGAGAAGAAAGUCCUUCGCCGAAUCAAGUAUAUCCACUGUUUGAUUCCUUUGCUGGAAGCCCGUAACUGGCAAACGUACACGUGUUUCGUGGCCGGCGAUGCGCCAUUUUCUUUCGCAAAGAAGGAAAAGCGUUUCCUCAAUCAAGUGGAUCUGAACGCCGAUACGACCUUUGCCAUCGAGAAUAUCGAAGCGCCGAGAUACUUGGACUGCAGUGGAUAUAUGAGCGCUGCUUUUAUUAUCCAAUGCGGUGUCACAGGUCAAGACUAUCUUCUUACUUACGCUAUGGACACGCUCAACAAUGCCCCAACGAGGGCCUUUAUUCAAUUCGAGACCCUCCCAGCGAGAUAUAAUACCCUGGUGGUCCAGAAUAGAUACAAACUCCAGAUUCCGCAGCCUCUCGACUGGACGCUCGCCUUGCGGGAAGGAUAUGGGCCAAUUAUGGAGGAUGAAAUAUCGCUCGAGGGGGACCUAAUGCUUUCGAUCGUACUCAAGUGUGAGGAAGACAGGAGCGGGGAUACGUACAAGCUACGUGUUAGAUGUACUCGCAUUUUAGCGUCUUGA